CUGAAGGACAUCUUGGAGCCACGUGUACUGCUUCAUGCAGUUAAAUGUUCUGAGGUCAUGAAACUUAAUCCACAGCAAGCUCCAUUAUAUGGUGACUCUGUUAUUACAGUGCAGCUGACAGAGGAAGAUAAAAUUGAAGAUGAUGUAGUUUUUUACUUGGUCUUCACUGGGUCAACUGUCCAACACUGCACAAGCACAAGAAAGAUUAAUCCUGGGAGUCUUGAGACAAUUUCUCCUGGCCAUGACUGCUGUGAGACCGUGAAGGUGGCACUUUGUGCCUCUAGAGAAGGUCAUCCUGUUCUGGUUGUGGCAGAAGAGACUUUCCAGUUUGUCCAGGAUGAAGCCUACGAUGCUGCCCAGUUUUUGGCCACCUGUGCAGGCAAUCAGCAGGCACUAAACUUCACCCGGUUCCUGGACCGGUCAAGACCACCUGCUGCUGAUGUGGACUUUUUGGAUGAGAAAGUGGCUUUGGCAUUUCGACACCUGAAACUGCCAGCAGAAUGGAACGUGCUGGGAGCAGACCAGUCCCUGACCGAGAACAUCCCUCGGGAGACUCUGAUGCAUUUUGCGGUGAGGCUGGGUCUGCUGCGGCUGACAUGGUUUCUGCUCCAGCAACCAGGUGGAAGAGGAGCUCUCAGCAUCCACAACAACGAAGGGGCAACGCCCGUGAGCUUGGCCUUGGAGAGGGGCUACCAGAAGCUGCACCAGCUUUUGACCGAAGAGGAAGCCAAGGAACCAGAUUCCUGGAGCACCUUGUCCCACACUGUGCACUCAGGGGACUACAGCAUCAAGCACCACCGCGGGCUGGACGUUUACAUGCUGACGGCUGAAGCCAAGGAAGGGGCAGCAGCCAGCUUGGAGAGUGACAUAAGGCACCUUCAGAUGCACAUGCAGAGCCACCAGCACAUGAGUUUAAGGCAGCCAGCAGAGCCUGUGCUGGGAGAUUCUGGAGACAGCUGUGCUAAAGGAGCAGAGCCAGUUAGUCACCUGGUCACUACCUCUCAGAGCCUAGAAGAAAUGGCAAGAGAAGGAAGGCAAGAGAGUCGAUCUGAUCUUGCUCAGGUGGACAUCAGGCAGCUCUCAGACCAAACCCACCAAGAGGAGAAAUGCAACAGCAGGAGUUUGGCAGCUUUUAAUGAGGCGCCAAAAGACUUGCUGAGCCCGGGGGAUGCAAAGAGCCCAGAGUGCUUCUGUGAAAGUAAAAAUACAGUGACAUUGAGUAAAAAGGAAGAGGAGGAGCCAACCUCUGCUGAAGGCUCUGGGACUGCAUCAGAUGAGAAGGACUGCACAGCGAGCCCGUGUGCAAGUGUAAACGGUGCCGUAAAUCUUCCAUCCUGUGGAAGUACAAAUGAGGAAGCUGGAAUGACAUCUGCUGGAGUUGCUUUCGAUCAAGACGGCUUGUGCAGUAAAGAUAGUCCCCAUCAGGAAGCGCAAGCUGCUGAGGGACGUGCAGCUGACAGUGCUGUUGCUGUGGGUGAAGCAGCAGGCGAAGCCCCAGCUUCCUUGGAGGGCGUGGAUGUGGCUAUGGGCCAAACUGAGUGCAGGAACUGUACAGGGGCAGCUGAGAGGGCUGCGGGCCGGCAGCAGGUAGAGGAUGGGAUGGCUGAGGCUGGUGAAAGGAAGACUGCUAACCUAGAAGAACCAUCACCAGCUGAGAAAGAGUCAGCUGGUGCUGCUCAGCCCUUACUCAGUGGUUUUAAUGGCACUGAAUGUGCAGAUGGGGAGGAUGCAAACGUGGGAGCUGUACCAGCAUGUGACAGUACAAAUGUGGAUGGUGGCACUGGGGAUGUCCCUAUUGAUGUUUGCAAGACUUGUGAUAGCGAAGAGACUGGACUGGACUCAAGCACUGAUCAGGUAAACAGCGGCUGCUUGGAAAGCCAAGGCAGUGCACGUGUUGCAGUGAGGCAGGAUGCCACCGAGAGUGCUGGGGCAGUGUUGCUAGCAGUGAAUGGGGUGAAGGUUCCUGCAUGUGUAUCAAAACCUGAUCCUGGUUUGGAAAUUCAUGGCAGUGGUAAGCGUGGGGAGCGAGAAGGGCUGGUGGAAGUGGAUUAUAGCUCACCUUCACUGGAAGACAUUGUGGAAUCUGAUGGCCCUGAUGCUAAACCUGAAUAUGAUGGUGUUGGUGGAUCUAACCAAAGCAGUGCAGAACCUGCGUGUUGCCAGGAAGGUUGUAAGAUCACUGAACAUGCAGCUGAAGCAAUGGAGGGCAGUGAAGCCCAUGGAGAGGAGCCAGCAGGAACUGAUACUAGCAGCAGCAGCAGAGAUGGAGGAAGCACAGAUUCUGCAGACAGAGGUGGUCAGGAAGUUGCAAGCUGCUGCCCUUCUGCUGAUCAAACUGUUGUUAAGGAUGAAAUGGGCGACAGAUUAGAAUCAGACACUGCUCAAGAGAGCAAACGUGAGCCUGCAUCGCUCCCUCCAGAGGAUGCCAGCACAUGCCCGGCAGAUGAAGAGCCUUCACAAAGUGAAGCAGAAAUAGCAGAGAGUGCUCUGGAGCAGGAGGGGCUGAGUAGUGAGAUGAAAUCACUCGCUGCCCUCCCCAGAGGAGAGGGGCCGGCCACAGGUUGGGAGGGAGAAGCUGCAGUGGCACCUCCCAGGCAAGAGGCAGCUCUGCAAGGUAAUGACCUGGCAUUAGCUCCAUGUGCCAAGGGCACAGACCAUAGGGAGGGUAAUUUAAUAGGCACACCCUCUGUAAGUCAUGAUGAAGAAUCCAAACAAAACCAGGAAGUGGCGGUGGCGGCGGGUUUGGCAGAGCUUGCCCAGCAGCAAGGCAAGGAGCAUGGCGGGGUAGCUGCUGGGGCCUGCUGGCCUGGGGACCAUGCGGGGGACGAGGGCUCCCCGGAACAGAGCCUCUCCCAGCAGGCUGAAGGAGGCAAAGCUGAGCCUGAGGCCUGUGCAAAUGGCACUGAGGAGGUUCUGUCAGAGGAACUUCCUUCUGCUGUUGUGAAACCCUCUGCCUGCUGUCUGGGGGGGCCUGUGGCUGGCGGCAGUGAUGUGGAUGCUGGGCUGAGAGGGACAGGCCCCGCCGAAGAAGUGUGUGAGGGUGUGGGCGCAGGAAAAGGCACUGGUCGUGGACACACAUCAGCUGGCAAGUCCCUGGGUGUGGAGAACAACCCUUGCCUGGCUGCUGGGCUAAACCAAGAGGAUGGUCCCAGACAAACCCAACAGGUAAUCUCCCCAUGCAACAACACCCCUGAAUUAAAGAAAAUGGAAGAAAUUUCUUCAGAAGUGGGGGCCCUAAGUGAUACACGUGGGGGUAAGGAAGUGUUAAGGCCGGUGGCAAUAACCCCCAUUGCAGCAUAUCCAGAAGAGCAGGAGGACGUGGAAAGUGUUCUUCUCCGGGCAGCGCUUCACCCCAUUGCAGAGGAGCCCACGUGUGACAGCGACUCCAGCACCGACACCGUGUGUCUGGCUGGCGAGGGCGAUGCUGGUCCUGCUGCAAAAGCAGCUCAGGGGGAGGUCUUGGCUGAGCCUGAUGGAAAGCGAAGCCAACCUGUACCUGAAUUGCCCUUCUUGCCAUGUUUGGGCCUUUUACGUGAUGAUGAGUCACUGGAAAAUGUGGGAGUAAAGAGUUUGGUUUCUGCAGAUGAUGGAUCCUCUCUGGAUAAAGUUCCUAAAAUGGUGAAAAGUUUUGAUGCGGUGGUUUUUGCAGCAGAGACACCUUGUUCUCCUGAAUUACUAGCUGCAGAAAAAGCAGGACUGGAGCCACAGGCUGCAGUGGAUGUUGGAGCCAGCCUCAAUGGAGAAGUGGAUUUAAGUUCCUCGACAAAGAAGAGGAACAUCAGCCCAGCAGUGCAGGAAGCGGAGCCUGUUACAGGGAAGUUGGAAAUGAAAACUGAAGACGAGGUGGAUUUUCUGAAGGAUCGUGAUGAGAGCAGAGCCCGAGAUGAAGUGAUAAACCGGGAAAGCUGGUGUUCGCUGGAGCCAUGUCCUGAUUCUUCCCUGCUGGAACGCAAGCGGACACGGGAGUCUCCAGAAUGUGAGAAUUUCUUGGAGGAUGGGCUGAGUAGUGUCUGUGCCUCAUCACAGAGUGUCCUCAAAAGAGAGUCCGGGAGCGAGUCUGACCUCUUCCCCUUGACAGGUGAUGGGAUGGAAGACCUUGUCUUUGGAAAGCCUGAAGAGGAGCAGUCUGCAUGUGAUGUCACCAGCUCCAGUUCCUCUGCAGAUGACACCAUGUCCCUGGAGAGGAACUCAUCCCUUGGCAGCGACACAUCCCUUCCCUUCCCACCGACAGUGAACUUUGUCCAGCCCAAGGACAGGCACAGCCUGGAUGGCAGCUGCACCAACAUGGUGGCUGCAGAGGGAGGAGAGAAGGAAGAAGAGCUGGACAGUAUCACGGAUGUGCCCGCUCAUUCCUCUGUCUUACGAAACUCCAUGCGGCCACUGUCACCUUUCCGUCGACACAGCUGGGGGCCAGGGAAGAAUGCCAGCAAUGAGGCAGAAAUAAAUCAGAGGAGUUCAAUGCGAGUUCUGGGGGAUGGUAUAAAGAAGCCUCCCAUUCAUAGGAGAAGUUUGAGCUGGUGUCCCUCUGGUGUACAGUUCAUUGCCAUGGGUCCUGACUUUACUUGUAGAAGUUACAGCCUAGAAGGCCUUGCUGGAGACCCAGGUGAGAACAAGAAGCCGUCUACAAACUUGGAGGCUUCGUCUCUGAGCUCCAAAGACCUGAGACGGAGUCCGCUCUCCAGCAAUCAGUGUGGGUCCCUUGUCUUGCUCAGUGAAGAACUUGAGCAAGGGGAAAUCAGAGACUAUGAACACCAGAUGCAUCAAACAUCACAGCCACAAGGAUUUAAUUUCUGUUCUUCAGCUGUUUCAUCUCCACUGACCAAAUCUAUGUCUCUAAUGUCAAUUAGUAAACCAGUGCUGGACAGUACCCAGGCAUUCGGCAGCUCCACGGGUUCCUCAGUUCAGAGCAUAUCUGAAGAGAGCAGCAGUGUCCCUGCUGGUAAAAGUGGAACAAAAGUCAGUCGCACCUUCAGCUACCUCAGGAAUAAAAUGUCCAGCAGCAAGAAGAGCAAAGAAAAAGAGAAAGAUAAAGAGAAGUCUAAAGAGAAGGACAAAGAUUCCAAGGAGAAAGAGAAAGAUAAGAAGCUGUUAAAUGGACAUCUCUUCACUGCAAUCUCCGUUGUAGCCCAAGCAACCUGUUACCACUGUAUGAAACCUUUCAACAAGGAUUCGUACUACUGUGCAAACUGCAAUGCAAUUGUUCACAAAGGCUGUAAGGAGAGUUUUGCUUCUUGUGCAAAGGUCAAAAUGAAGCCACAGAGAGGGAUGCUGCAGGCACAUGAUACCUCUUCGUUACCCACAGUAACCAUGAGAAACAAAAGCUCACAGCCCAAGGAGCGCCCUCGUUCUGCAAUACUCGCUCCUGAUGAAAACACUGUCACCUCAAUAUUCAACAACAGGAGAUCACAACAGACUACAGCACUUUCAAAAAGUGUCUCAAUACAGAACAUUGCAGGAGUUGGGAAUGAUGACAGCUUAAUACACACUUGGAAAUUCCUGUCACAGUCAACAGACUCUUUACAUAAAAUCAGUCGGGUGAAUGAAUCCAUGGAAUCACUGGUUGAUGAAGGUGCAGACAUGAACGAAGGACAGCUGAUGGGAGACCUGGAAUUAGAUUCCAAGCAGCUGGAGGCAGAGUCCUGGAGCCAAGUAGUGGACAGCAAGUUUCUACAGCAGCAGAACAAAGAUGUUGUCAAACGACAAGAUGUGAUUUAUGAGCUGAUGCAGACAGAAAUGCAUCACGUCCGUACCCUGAAGAUCAUGAACGACGUGUACAGCGCAGGGAUGUUACAGGAACUGCAGUACGAUCAACAAGUCGUGGACAAGAUCUUUCCCUGCCUGGAAAACUUGCUGCACAUCCACAGUCACUUCUUUCAGCGGAUCUUGGAAAGGAAGAAGGAGUCGUUGGCAGAUAAAAGUGAAAAGAACUUUGUUAUCAAGAGGAUAGGUGACAUCCUAGUGAAUCAAUUCUCUGGCGAGAGCGCUGAGCGAAUGAAGAAAACGUACGGCAAAUUCUGUGGGCAUCACAAUGAGGCAGUAAAUAACUUCAAAGAUCUGUACUCAAAGGACAAGCGGUUUCAGGCAUUUGUCAAGAAAAAAAUGAGCAGCUCCCUGGUGAGGCGUCUUGGGAUAUCUGAAUGUAUCUUAUUGGUAACUCAGAGAAUCACAAAGUACCCAGUCCUUUUACAAAGGAUACUGCAGUACACCAAAGAAAAUGAAGUGGAACAUGAAGACUUGACUCAGUCAUUAAACCUCGUUAAAGAUGUGAUUGCUGCAGUCAAUAGCAAAGUCAGCAAUUAUGAAAAGAAAAUGCGUCUUGGUGAGAUUUACAACCGGACGGAUAGCAAGUCCAUCAUGAGGAUGAAGAGUGGCCAGAUGUUUGCAAGAGAGGACUUGAGGCAUCGGAAGCUCAUCCGAGAUGGGCCUGUUUCCCUAAAAAGUGCAGCUGGUCGGUUAAAAGAAGCCCAGGCUGUUCUUCUCUCUGACGUGCUUGUAUUCCUUCAGGAGAAGGAUCAGAAGUAUGUCUUUGCCUCACUGGACCAGAAAUCCACUGUGAUAUCUCUGAAGAAGCUGAUUGUACGAGAAGUGGCUCAUGAAGAGAAGGGCUUGUUCCUGAUCAGCAUGGGUGUAAAAGAUCCUGAAAUGGUGGAAGUCCAUGCCAGCUCCAAAGAAGAGCGUAACGGCUGGAUGCAGAUCAUUCAGGACACAAUGAACACCAUGGAUAAGGAUGAAGACGAGGGAGUCCCUUGUGAGUCUGAGUUUGAAAAGAAAGUGUCGGAUGCAAAAGUGAGAGGACUGAAAGAACAACUUCAGCAGAAGGAUAAGCAGAUCCUCCUCUUGCUGGAGGAGAAGGCCAAGAUCUUCCGGGACAUGGCAGACAGCUCUGUGCAAGAGGACAUGCCAGGCUCCAGGCUGCUCUUCAGAGCCAACACAGAAGAGGCACCUAAAGGAGAGGCCAUUAUGAAAACUGCAAUUAAUGAAGUUGAACUGCUGCAAGACCUGGUGAACAGGAGCCUCGGCACUGCCCUCGGGCAGCAGGUCAGCAGCACUGCCAUGGAACAAGAAGGAGGAGUGGGCCCCAUCUCUCUCCCUAGAAGGGCAGAAACUUUUGGAGGAUUUGACAGUCAUCAGAUGAAUGCCUCCAAGUCAAAGCAGAAGGGAGGUGUUUCCUCCUGCAAAGAGGUGGAAGGUCCCAGGACAUGGCGCAGGAGAGAAGGUGGAGCAAAAGAUGAAGGCGAUGAUGCUCAGGACCUUCGGAGAACAGAGUCAGACAGCAUUUUAAAGAAGGGUGGAAAUGCUAAUCUGAUGUUCAUGUUGAAAAGGAAUAAUGAGCAGGUCCUCCAAACCAUUACCAGCCUCCAUAAGCUGCUCAGUGCUUUGCAGGGCGUUGUGCUGCAGCAGGACACUUACAUCGAGGACCAGAAGCUGGCUCUGAGCGAGAGGGCUCUGUCCCGAAGCUUCUUCCGGCCGACUUCACUGCUGGAGCAGGAGAAGCAGCGCAACCUGGAGAAGCAGCGCCAGGAGCUGGCCAACCUGAAGAAGCAGCAGACACAGCACCAGGAGGAGAGGCGGAGGAGAGAGAAGGAGUGGGAAGUGCGGGAGAAGGAGCUGGCAGAGCAGGAGGCCCACCUGGCCCAGCGAGAGGAGCAGGUCCAGAGAGGGUGGCAGGAACUGGAGCGGGAGCGAGAGGAGCUGCAGGUGAAGAAGGCCUCCUACCAGCUUGACCUGGAGAGGCUUCGCACAGCACAGAAGCAGCUGGAGAGGGAGAAGGCGCAAUUCAAGCAAGACGUGGAGCGCUUGGCUCAAAUGCGGCAGGAGUCUGACCACAACCAGGUUUCACAUCUACAUGAGAAACUUGGAAGAGUCCCCUCCCAGUCCAGCAUCGAUGACUCCUCCAAGCAGAAGAGCCCUUCCCUUCCUAAGCAAGGGCACUUUGAUGCAGAACUGUCUGUCUCCCCCAAAAGGAACAGUCUUUCAAGGACACACAAAGAGAAAAGCACUUUCCAUUUGCUUAGCACAACAAACCAGACUAACAAGGCAGCUGAGGACCAGCCCCAGAUGCCUACCCGCCUCUUCAGUUUAUCCAAACCAAAGGAGAAGAAGGAAAAGAAGAAAAAGGGCAGGGGACAUCGCUCCCAACAGUCUGAUUCUCACUCAUCAGAAGCACCUCCAGAGGGUGAGGAGAUCUUCUGCUGAGCACAGAUGGUUCUGUUGGUUACUCUCAGCAUUGGUACAGUGGACAUCUCCCUGCCCGAUCCACAGCACACUGCUGGGCCUGCAUCUGACAAGCAUCUGGAGGUUUUAAAUAAAACAUGUUAUGAAGUUGUUAUAGAUGUUAUGUGGUGGGAAAGGGCCUCUCUUCUGUGGUUUUGUGUGAAUUCUCACCACAGAGACUGCACAGUGUCUGCAUAGUACUGCAUAGUACUGUCUCUCUGCAAACCUUGGGUUCAAUGGAUUGGGAUAGAUGUUUUCUGUCUCUUCUGACUGCUAAAGGAUGAGAGAACAAUAGCCUUAAGGGGUCUUUGCCUUCAAAUUCUCCUUUUCUGGGGAACAUAACUAAAUCCAUGCAUUUAGCAAAAGAUUAGGACUCUACAAAUGGUGCAGACACACUGGCAUAUAUAGAUAUACUGUACAAUACAUGUAUGUGUCUAUGUAUCCACUGGGAUACUCAGUCUGUACAGCCAAGCUUAGCUCGGCCUGCAGGGAUAGAUGAUACCUGAUGACUUUCAGGGAGCGUGUAGAUAUUAAAUAUCUUGCCCUUACUGCUCCAAUUGUAACACCAUUGAUUUGCACACUCCAGUAUGGGCUGUUUGGUUUCGGAAGGGUUCCUUACACCAGGAAGCAGUAACAGCAUUCCAAACAAAAAUUCAGAGAGGAAAAAAAAAGUAAAGUAAUUCUGGAAGAUUUCCAUGGGGCAGAGGGUUGAAAUGUCAGACUGUUUCUACAGCCAAUCAGAACAUCUUUGGGUAUAUUUAAAAUUAUGCAGAAAAGAGAAAUUCAUUAGGCUUGUAAGGCAACCCCAGGGAGCCAGAACAGACAGUGUUCAAGUGAGAACAACUCUAAGCAACAUUUUUUUUAGGCAAUCUCUUUGAGCUCCAGCUCACUCCUUCAUGUCCCUUAAGUAAGGCUCAUUUUUCUUGCCAGAAUAUAGUUCUCCAGUUGCAUUUGACAUCCCUUCAUUACAACCCUGAUGACUUACUGCAGAGAUGGCUGAAAAUCUGCUUUUAGGCACCUUUGUUCUGUUAUUUGUAUUUUUCUUCCCCCACUUUUUGUGUUACUGUUGGGCUUCUGUUUCUCUGGAAUUUUUCAGUUUUCCUUGCUCAUUUCUAAGGCAGAGUGAGAUAACAUCAGUUAUCAGAGCACUGCAGUGAGGCAUUGCAGGUCAGGGGACUGAGUGCAGUGAGCAGAGUAAACUCCGAAGAGGUGGCUUCUAGUCCCUAUUCCUGUACAAUACCAUGCAUUUGUUAACUAUUUCUGGGGAGAAAAAUAUAUUCUCAUGGACAAAAAUGCUGUCAGGCAGGUCGAAAGGUCCAGCGUGGCAGGUUUGUUUCCAUCGUUGUAGGCUCUAAAGUAAAAGUAUCUGUGUGUCUCCAUGUUGCCAUCAGCAGAAGGGGAAGGUCUGAGGGUGGCUCUCACUGUGCUGACUGUGAGGUGUUUGUCCAGCUGUUGAAUACAGGGAUGUGUUCAGUGGGGGAAGAGAAAGGUAGCAAGCCAGACUUUUUUCCAAAAUGAUUGUUUUUCCAAACCCUCUCAGGAGAAUUGCCUGAGUGGAUUUGCAGAUGGUCACAAGAUGCCCUCAGCUUCAGAAUAGCUCAGGGCUUUGCUCAGAGUUUGAAGCUGUCAAGUGCAUUUCUUUUAUACCAGUUUUUCUAAAAAAAAAAUAAUAAUAUAAACAUUCUCUUUUUGCACUGCUGUUUGAUUUCAGUUUGCCCUCUGGCUUCUCACAAGCUAGUAACCCACAGCAGUUUUCAGAGUUUGGUGCUGAUGAGUCUCAGCAGCAUUGAUGGUGAGGUGGAUGCUUAGAUUUGUUGGUCUUGGUCAGUGCAGGAGUCCUAAACUGCCCACUUGCUCUCUGAACUACUAAGACUCAGAAAAAAGAAAAAAAAAGGAAGAAAGGAAAAAGGUUUGAGAUUUAUUUUUAUUUUGCUUUUUUAAUAUUAUUUGGUGCUUGUUCUUAAUUGCAAGCAGGGCUUGCAAAAAUAUUUAUCUUUCUGUUUAUUUGAAAGAGUUCUUUUUUUAAAAGAAGUUUACUUGGUUUUAUUUUUUUAUUUCUUUUUAUUUUUAUUUUACUUUUGUUUGGAGGUUUGAGAGUUGGAUUUAAUGUUUGGUUUUUUUCUUUCCUUUUUUUUUUUUUUUUUCAUCCUUACCAAGACAUUGGUAAACUAAAUGUUCUUACCUCCCUGGUUCCUACAAAACCAGGAUUUGGGCAGUGCUGCUUAGCAGCCCGUGCUGUGCCCAGAGUUACACAACUUUCACUGAGAACUUUCUUUAAGGUAGAGCAUCUUUGGACAAAAAAACAGUCUGGAAAAAGAAGUAGUGACUUCGGACAAGACUCCUCCUCUCAGUUAGUUUCCUUGUUUAAAUAUUUUGUUUAGGUUUUCUCAUACCUCUUGGACCCAAAGGAAAAAGCUAAGCAUGGAGCAUAUUGCAGUGCUGUGAGGGUCUAGUCACUUCUCCAGGGAGGUACAGGCAGCUGUCCAGAACCUGAAAGGAACUGAAGGAGGCAAGUGCUGUUGUUGUUACCUUUUUCAUAAGUAAGCCACCAAUUUUAGAAAAUAAUUUCUACCUUGCUAUUUAUGUAUCUCCAAAAAAUGAAUGUGCCAAGCUGAAAUUUUUGGAAACCAAAGAAAUGCACGGUUCAUUUACUGUUGUGUAAAGAGAUCAGGUCCCUGGGAUUUCUAAGAGUUCCCCUCAGUCUAGCCUUUGCCAGUAUGAGCUUUUCUUUCAAUCCUCUGUUUUUUCCUCAGUUGCAACACAUCUUGAAUUUACAACAUGAGAAUGUCCCGUGUCUCUGAGAAGGGCAUCAAAAGGGAGACACAUGACAAGGCUGAGUCUCUGCCUGGCAUGAGCAUUCAGUGCCCCGAGUGAAAAUACUGUUUGCUAAGGGAUCUCCUAAGGUUCCCAUGGUUCCUUGUCACCAUGGGUGUGAAUCAGAAGUACAAGGACUAGAAAUAUUGCUUAUCAAAGCUGUUUGUGUCUUAGAUUUUGUUGGACAGACUUUUGUCCCUGGAGAUUGUACGUUACCGGUUAUGGCAUGAUUCACUUUUUUGGAAUGAAGCCUUUACUCCCACACUGCUUCCUCUUUUCUUUUACCUUUAGGAAGGUGAGGACUUGUUUUUGUCUCUUUAGCCUUCUGUUUUUCCCCCUCUCAGGUUUUCUUUGGAAAGGUUUGGCAUAGGUUCCCAGAGUUGGAUUCCCACUCUGAUCCCUGCAGGUUGCCUAGGGUUGUCUGCUAGAGUAUGGUCUCAGCUUUAUAGCACCAAAGCCUUUCUUCUUCCUGGCCUUAAAAAGGCACUUUCUCCAAUUCCACACCUGGCAUCCAUCCUGCGGUUGUUGAAAGCGUGUUAUUUCUUCAGCCCAGCCUGAUGAUUUAUCUGGUUCCCCGAGGAGGUCCCUUGAUCCCAUUUGGAGCACCCUGACCACCUGUUUUGCAUUGGGUUCCUGGGACUCAGAGCAGGUUAAAAAAUGUCUGUGCAAAGCUGGUAUUGUUGGAGGGAGAUGAGGACCCUGCAAGGGCUCUCUGAGCUUUUUUGCAAGCGUUUAAUGAAGGGGAAAAAUCAGACUUUCUUUUCUUGGGCUUUUCUUAGCCUGGUCUUUAUCACUGCACAACAGAAGGGGUGUCAGUGACCAGGGAGGUGGGAGUGCAGGCUAGGAUGAAGUACGAAGGUGGUGAGUGUUAGCUGCAGUACCGGAAUACACCAGUGAUAGAGAGUAGCUGUAGCAAAUAGUGUGAGACUUGAUGGAGUUGUGUGGGGUUGGCCUUAGCUUCUUUUAAUUGAAGUGAUCAUCUCAUCAUGUAACUUGAUGUCAGUUUGAUGCCAUAAAGCACUUUAAAUGGAACUGGUUGUGACCCUAUUCAUUUUGCUUACAUGGAGACAAUCAGCUCUUGCCAUUGUUCCCCCCUCUGCAUCCCCAGCAAAAUCUGAGCUGCAACAAGGCAUGUUUCUGGUUUGCCUUGGCUUGACCCUGGGCUAGGAGGAAGGGCCAAGGUUUUUGUAUUAUUUUUAUGCCAAAGUGGGUGCGAAACUGACUACAGUCCCACUGCAGACAGGAGUGCAUGGCAGGACCACAGGAAUUGGCUUCUGAUGGCUCAGGUAUAUCCCCCAGGAGAGCCCAUGCCAGCAUCACCAUUGCCUUCCUCAGAGCAGGUACUGCUGCCUGUAGGGAAGCUGUCCUGCCAGUGGCUUGCCCUCCACCUCUCUUUCCUUGGAGAAAUCCAGGGCAAGGGAAGGUGUGGGGCAAUAUAACCACACAAGUGAAGUGAGGCCCUUUCCAUGCAUCAAGUUAUUUACUGUCCAGGCCACUGGGAGACCUCCCAGGUGCUAUCUCUGGGGCAGGAGCUCUCACCACCACUGAGGGUGGACUUUUCACUCUUGAAGUUUGACCACUGUUGAGAAACACAGUAAUGCCAUUAGCUUGUGCAGAUUUGUACUGCCUUUCAAAGGCAAGAGCAUCCAUAGGGUCUGAUCAUCUUUGCACCUUCCUUGAGGCACUAGGAUAUCUCAAAGCUGUUGCUGAAACACCCAAAUCCAGUCCUCCCAAAUGCCACUGAGUCAGAAGAGCUUCAUCAGGUGCCAAAUCCCAAGGAAACUGCCCAGAAUAUCUGUGACACAGAGGCAAGGGAGGACUGGGUGCAGGAGAGUGUCUGCUAAAACCCCACAAAACAUUCCUUGUUAACCAGAACUCUGGAAGUUUUUCUGCCUGCUGGCCAGGUUUGGGAAUUUACAUAAUUUAAGGCACCCUUUUAAACAAAAAACCUCCCCUGCUGCUCAUAACUCUUGCUUCAUUUGUCAGAAGGGGCAAUGACCAAUAAUUCUGAUCUGGUGAUGCAGCUAAGUUUUAAUGAUAGGUGAGCUGAACUGGCUUCAUCUCCUGCACCUCUUGCUCUUGGGUGAUGCGAAAUGUAAUGCUAGCUCCCUUCCCACCCACAUUUUCAGGGCUCUGUGCCCUUUCUUUCCACAUUCAUUUCACUGACACUGAUGCUUUGCCCAAAUAUAUUCAGCUUCCAUUGCUUGGGGGGAAGGGGAAACAGGAUAACAUCCACUGCUUUGCAUACAGCUAUAAGCUUUGUAUGUAUUUAAGCUGUCUAUAGGUAUCCAUCCUUUCCAUGCUGUAAAGUAUUUUACUAUCUUCUCUAUUGAUACUAAACACUGACUCAAAAAAAGAAAAGGGAAAAAAAAAAACACAACACCUCUAUCUCCAGUUCAGUUCGCCUGUGGUUAAAGUUUAGCCUGGUGUUUAUUUUGUACUAAUAUGGAAUGCACUUGAGUAAUUCCCAGCAUUGAGGAGGUGUAUUGUAACAAUCUGAUAUACCUCUUCUUUUGGUUUGUUUCUUAAAAAAAAUAAAAUGAAAAAAUGCUCUGCAUUUUCAUGUUGAACCCAUUUAAAAAAAAAAAAGUUUAAAAAAAUACAAGUUGAAAAAAAGAAUUUUUAAAAAAGAGGGUAAAACCUAAUUGCUGUAUGUUAAUUUGUAAUUAUGUAAAAAGUAAGCAGGUUAUUGACUGUAAAAUUCUUCAGUUUUUCUGUAACUUGCCAGAAACCAUUAGGUUUUGUAACAAGCUUUUAUUUAUCUUCCUUUUUAGUUAUCAGCAACAACCUCUUGUAAAGUCAUUUUUCCUCUAAAUAAAUUUGAUUUUAAGUCGGA